CACCACCUCCAUACUUGCGCACCGCUUGCCAUAUAGACUUACAGCAGCAGCAACGCAGCGUUUUACUUGCGCAAGAGCUUUUCAAGCAGUCUAGAAUUCUUUGCGAGGAGUUUUUUCUUGUUUGUGGAUUUUGAAGAUUGAAACUGUUGAGGUUUCAUUUGGAGUGCGUUUGAAGGUUGCAGUAUUGCUCUGUACACUUUCAGUAGAAUCUAGAAAAAAAUGGUUCGCGGAACUCGCAACUCGACUCGCGCCAUAACUCCAAUCCGCGAGACCAGACUCUCUUCGUCAACAACCGACCCUUUAACCGCCACCGGCCGCAGAGUCCUCCGCUCUCACACCAAGAAUGGGAGCGCGCCUGAUGCCGAAGCAGAGCAGCAAUCGCCGUCGAAACGGCCGUCGGCGUCGAGAACGUUAGCGGCGCGUGGCAGGACUCGAAGGAGCUCUGCUGCUGAGUUUAACCUGAACAAGCUGCCGCAUGAUACCAGUCCGAUCAAGGAAUCCUCGCCCAUCAAAGCUGACGCUGAAGAAAUGUCGAGAAGUGAACAGCCGAUUACACCUUCAGCGGCGCCAAGGACUCGGAAAGGUCGAGCUAGUUCUGGAAAGCGUGCGAGUAUUGUUUAUAGAUCGGAGAACCCGGAGCAGUCCGACAAUAUCGAAAGUUCUCCGAAGAAAGAAGAGGAUAGCGCGAACAGUCCUUUGAGAGCUCUUAAUGCCGAGAAUAUCAAUAACAGGUCACCGGUUAGACUCAGAUCGUCUCCUCGCAAGAAGGCGAGCGUUAAUUUGGAAUACGCAGAGAAAAAGUCCGAGGUUGGAUCUCCAACUAAGGAUUUAGAUCAGUCAAACGAGGUGUCCAGUCAGAGCCCUACAGUUGCAUCGUCUCCUGUCAAACAGACAGACGAUGAAAGCUCAGCAGAUUCGGAAGCCGUCACUAUGCCUGCCGAAACGGAACAGGCUGCAGAAGUGGAACCAACAGAUACCCAACUUCCACCUGCAAACACAGAGGAAGUCCACCAGCAACUUGAUCCCAACGACAGCAUGAUCGUCGAAGUCCCAGGCGCAUAUCUUGAUCCCGCCCUAGUGCCUCACUCCAACAGCUCCACAUUCAACAGUCCGGUCCAGAUCGCCAACUCUUCGAAACCGCCUUCCCAGGACGGUUCGGAGCAGUCAGUCACCUAUACCGAGCAGCUGUUUUCCGCGUCUUCCCCUAUUGCUAUCACGACUUCGAUGAUUGAUCCCGCCCUGCUAUCGUCGCCUCCGGUGGCGCCCAACAGCUACGCGGUGUCGUAUGAGGCUCCUCCAUCGCCUUCUCUUCUUAGCACGCCGACUUCAUUACCUUGGGAGAGAGCAGAUAACUCUGUCAUCGAAGAGUGCAUGCCUCUCUCUACGGUUGUCUCGCCGGAAGCCGUUAUUGCAGUGCCCUCGGCCGAAGAAGUGUCUACUACAGAUCUCACGCAAGUGUUUUCUCCAAAGCCGUCUUCGACGCCAGCGGAUGACGACAUGGCAAGACGGAAGAUGAUUGCCCGAAAACGCGAAGAAGAGAUAGCGGCGCACCGCUCUGCCUACUACGACCGCCUCAAGCGCGAGUUCAAGAUCCCACAUAUUCCCAACACGCCGUCUAGACUUGCCGUGUCGCGUACAAGUUACGACACCUCGACCGAGGUUACAUCUGACUGCGCUCCGUCGUCUCCUUUGGCCGCUACAGCUGCGUCGGCGGCUGUGGCUCCAUCGUCUCCGGUCGUUGCUAGGCCACCGUCAAAACAGGAGGUUGUGUUUACUCGCACGCUUUCAGCAGAGUCAGACUCGGAUAGUGAUGAAUUUAUGGAUACGGUGGAGUCCAUCGAUAUUGCACCGGUUGCUCCGUCAGCUCCCAUCCAGCCAGAAGAGAACGCUGUUGUGGAAGAGACUAUCUCCACUCAGACAGAGGCUCAAGAAAAUGUGGAUGCUGAAUCUAGGUCAGCAGAGGAUGUGAGCUCGAUGGCAGACGUGUCGACGACAACAGACUCAGACACCGAGCCUGAGGUAUUCGUCGAAGCCCUCUCCCCUCUCGCCCAUGCACAAUCCGAGUCAGCAGAGUCAGCGACUUCUACCGCCGCCGCCGACGAAACCUCAUUGGACGUCUCGAAUCUGAGCACGAUCAAUCGCUGGGAACGCCAAGUCCGCAGACGCGAGGGUUUCUGGUCGCAGUCGGCGAUCAACACGCCGGCAGGGACACCUAUGCAGCAGCAGCAGCAGGCUGGUCCUGGAUCGUCUGCGCUGCGGUUUGCGUUGAGUUUGAUUUCCCCGAUUCGUCGGGCGUCGCCUGCGCCGGUUAGAGUACAUUCGCCGCUUAAGAUUAGUACGACUGUUGAGGCGGAGGAGGCGAAGGUGGUUUUCUCUUCGCCUUUGAAGGUGGCAUCUGAGAAAAUCGUCGAAGAGGCUGCUGAGGUUGACGAGGAGGCUGUUGAGUGCUCCAAAGCUGACUCCGUCGUGGAUGAAGAUAUCGAGCUUCCUGAUGUCGAUAUUGAAGCUGAAGCUGAGACCUCAGUGCUGUCAGAGAAAGCAGACACGGAGGCAGUAUCGAUUGAGAAACAAGCCGAGACAAGUAUGUCACAUACUGAAGCUUCAUUCACAGACGAGGAGUCGGUAGUCACUGCCAAAAAUGAGCUAUCGAUUAAUAACGAAGACGAGGAUAAAGAGGAAGAAUCGUCGAGUGCCAGCUCCUUCAGUUCCUCCGAUGCCGAUGCGGCGAGUGACAGUAAUGAAACAGUUGCGCCUGCAGUGGCAGAUGAGCCUGCAGUGACAGAUGCGCCUGCAGUGGUGGAAGAGGAACAGGAAGAGGAGCAGCAGAUUAUUGCUGACGAGUCCGUGAGCGAGAACGUUGAUAUCCCUGCUUCGGUGGAGAUCGAAGAAGGCGAUGAAGAGGUCGAGAUGGAUGUCGACAACAAUUGCUCAGGAGAGAUUGAGGCACAAGCCGAGAUGUCUGCUGAUGAUGCGGAAAGUGAGGCUGCUGCUGAGGAUGCUGCCGAGGACGCUGCUGAAAAUGUCGAUGCCGCAACAGUCACUGUCUCGGAAACUGCGGAAGUGCAAACCACUGAAGAAGUCAGAGAACCUCAAUCUGAAGCCGAAGUCAGUGUUGAGGUCGAUUUUGUUGAAGCAGUGACGGGCGAGGAAGAUACCGCCGCGAACGUUUCAGCAGAGGAUAGUACGCGCGGGGAGGAAUUCCACGAGUGCUCUGUUGCGCCGGAGAUUUAUCCAGAUACUAGCGAGAUGGCUACUCCCGAGACUGAGGCGCAGGCCGAGGUUGAGGCUGAGGCUGAGGUUGAGACUACUGAAGGCAGUGAUACUGCCGCGCUUGAGAAUGAGUCUACGGAGAAGAGUGAGCUUGAGCAGGCUGAACAUGAGUCUGCAGAGGACACGACUGCGAUUACACAGACAUCUGAUAAGAGCGACGUUUCGUCUGGAGAAGUGGACUACACGUCUGUGCUUCCUUGGCACAUCAGUCUAGACAAAUGGGCCGAGUCAAACAAGCGCAAGCGAGCAGUGGUCGAGGAACCAGCGCCGGUGGCUUCUACACAGGGCGAUGCAGCGGCUGAGGCUGAGAUCGAGGCUACGUCUACCGAGAAGAAACCAGAGAAUGCGGUAGAGGACGAGGAGUCGCAGCGGCCGCGGAAGAAAGUCCGGUCUAGCAGCCGCUCUGUCAACAGUAGAAACGAAGAACCCGCAAAACAACCCCAGCGCGCACAGAUACCACUACCGCGAAAAAAGCAGCCUGCGACAGCUGCACGCGCGAGCAGACGUGGCCGUGGGGCGGCAGAGCAAAGCUCGCUGUCGACUGCGAGUUCUAUUCCGGUAGUUAGUUCACGCGCAAGCGAGACUAGUACCGCAACAGCAGCUACGGCAACGCCAGCGCGAGCGACGAGGUCGCGAGCUGGUACGCGCGGCGGGGCAGCGCGGGCACCGGAUACGCCAAAGCCGAUGGUGCGGUCUGGUGGUCUGGGAGGCGGCGCUGGCAACGCACCGCUGGUGCGGAUCACGGCGACGAAUUCGCGGCUGAACAACGGGUAUGAGAAUAACGUUAUUCCGCAGUACCAGAGGAUAGAAGCGCCGAGACCGGACUCGCCGCCGCUGGAUAAGCGACGGAAGAGGCUGUUUGAGAGUCCGCUGGGCCGGGAGCGGGCGAUUUCGUUUGCGGAGAGGGUUGUUGUUGCUGGGAAUGGGAGGGGGAAGAAGAGUGGAACAGCGACGAGGAAGGAUGAGAAGAAGCCAAAGAAGGGUAUUAUGAAGCAGGCACCAGGAAGACUUGAUGAGUUUGGUAACGCACUCGACGUAGUGAGCGUUCCGGCGAAGGACACAGUCCGAGUGCGGCACCGGUUAUAUCUUGGCGAGCAGGAGGAGCCGACGCGGUAUGCGCGCAAGGAGAAUAUUCGAUGAGGAGUGUAAUGAUAUGUGUAAGAGGUGGGUUGAGUGUAUUUAGCAGUACAGAGAGAAGACAGACAGAGAGACAGUGUUAAUAGUGUAUAUGUUUGUUUUAUUUGUUAUUCCCUAAUUUAAAGUUCCUUUUUAUUGUUA